AUGUACUCGAGGAUAGCUUCCUUAGUCUUGGCUGCACUGUCCCUGGCCUCCAACCUACUACCAGUUGCGCAGGUGGAUGAAGCCGCGGAGGUUAUCCUGGCUUCGCCAAUAGUCGAAGCCUUCAGUGCUCAGUGCACUAAACCAUCGGUUCGCAGGGAGUGGCGGAAACUCUCUCGCAAAGAGAGAGCGGACUACAUUAGAGCUGUCAAUUGCCUCGACAAUUUGCCCCAUUCUCCAGACUUGAGGCCGACGGUCUUCCCCGACGACAUACCUCCCGUAAAUGAGUCUGCAUCCCUAUACGAUGAUUUCGUAUAUAUUCAUAUGGACCUGAACCGCAAGAUUCAUUAUACCGCCCUGCUUCUUCCGUGGCAUAGGUGUGACUCAGGAGAGUAUUCAGAUGCGCCUGACUUCCAGAACUCAGACUUCUGGAAAGACCCAGACCCCGUUAGUGGUCUCGGGGGAUGGGGUGACCCCUCCAAGGAUUACGCGGUCACGGACGGCGGUUUCGCUGGAUUCAGGUUGUCUUACCCAACGCCACAUGUGCUUCGCCGGAACUUCACGCUACAGCCGCACUUGAGCCUGCCGAGGCCAUAUGCUCCUGAUCCAGAGCUCUAUGCCAAUGAAACCUUCACGGCUGCAGAGGUAGAGAAGAUGGUGACAGGCUUCAAGGGCGACAUGAUUGGUUUCCAGCGCUACUUAGGAGCGUUCACGGGCUCCCAUAAUAGCUUGCACGUCAUCGUCGGGGGCGAUCUUGGUGGACAGUGCCCCACCGAUGCGCCGCCGGGAUGUAUCUCUGGUCCUACCUUUUCUGCCAACGACCCACUAUUUUGGCUACAUCAUGCGAUGGUCGAUAAGAUCUGGUACGACUGGCAGCGGAACGAUCCUGUGAAUUUCUGGACAUUCCAAGGGGGGAGUGUUCAAGUCAUCUCAAACUAUACAGAAUACGAGAUGUGGCCAAGCGGAGCUCCGCCGUUGAUGAACUUGAACGACACCAUGCCUACUGAUGGUAUGUUCCCUGAGAUGACGGUUUACGACGUCAUGAACACUACCGGGGGAUAUCUCUGCUAUGUCUACGAGUGA